UUGUCGUCCGCUCCGCCUAACCUCAGACGUCAAUCUGUCAGACGUUUCGAAUGAAACUAUUCGGAGUAAUUAUGAUCUAGUCCGAGAUAAGACAAACGUUCGGGAGUCGUUAGCUUCUUAUUCUCCAAGAAUAAAACGGACACUUCUCUCUGUGCUUCCUCUCCAUAAUUUUUUUUAUAAAUAUAUUAUAGUCGUGUUGAUAACCGGUACGGUAUAAUGCGAGUGCCGACCAGUGUUGUUUUUCUUAACAUUUUUGUAAUCGUAUUGACUUGCAUGAGUAGCAUCCAAUGUGAGAAAGAAAAACUGGGCGAGGAGGAACUCAAAUCUCAAAAAUUUCCGCCCUGCGCAGCGUGCAAAAUACUUACCAGUAGUUUCAAAAAGGGUUUAGACAAGACGAGUCGUGGGAAGUUUGAGGGCGGAGAUAGCGCUUGGGAGGAGGAUAAGUUAGGCUCGUACUCAAGAAGUGAAAUACGACUGAUUGAAAUACAAGAGAACUUGUGUAAAGAUGUCGAGCGUGGCGAGGUGCAGUGCCAAUCUUUAGCCGAAGAAUUGGAGAGUCAGAUAGAGGAAUGGUGGUUCAAGCAUCAAGAUACUUAUCCAGAUAUAUACGAUUAUAUCUGUAUCGAAAAGACAGAACGUUGUUGUCCGAAAGAUCAUUACGGUCCGAACUGUACGCAGUGUCCAGGAUAUCCAGAUAGAAUCUGCAGCAAUAAUGGCAAAUGUAAAGGAGCUGGCACGAGAAAGGGAAAUGGUGGCUGCUUCUGCGACAAGGGAUAUAUCGGAGACAUUUGUUCAGAGUGCGCUCCGAGAUACUAUGAAUCUUAUAAGGACGAAAAAACCUUGUUAUGUUCCUCAUGUCAUGCGGCGUGCGACGGACCUUGCAAAGGCGCCGGGCCAAAGGAUUGCGAGAAAUGUGCUGCUGGAUGGUACAUGAUCGAAGACAAAGGCUGCUUUGAUAUCGACGAAUGUUUAAGAAGCAACGAUAUCUGUCCUGGCAAUCAAUUCUGCAUUAAUAAAGAAGGGAGCUAUGCUUGUUUGGCUUGCGACAAAGCCUGCAACGGUUGCACCGGCGAUGGGCCAGAUAUGUGUGUCAAAUGUGCCGAUGAUUAUCAUAAAAAGGAUAAUUUGUGCAUAAAUUCAGAUCUUCUUGGCCGCAAGAAACAAGAAAAUCUGGCGAGAUAUCUGACGUAUUUCGGACUUUGUGUGGCGACAUGUAUUAUUUUGCAACGUAACGUUUAUGCAGCAAGCGUUAUCGGUUUGUUGGUUGCAAUAUAUAUAUCUGUUUCUGAGUACAUGAUCGCAUAUAGCAAUGUCCAGGAUACAACGGCAAACAUGGAUAUUCUAGGACCAGCUUAAAUAGGAACGCAAUUUAAAGAAUUCCGUAAAAUCAUUUCAAUGUGUUAUAUCAGGAUACGGAGUCAUUAUCCACAUGUAAAAUACAUCGUAUUAGAAUUAAUAUAUAAUUAAUAUCAUUGUAUAAGUUAAAAAGAUGCUAGAAUUUUAUAUUUAUUAGU